AUUUUGGAAAAUAUCCCAACUUUUCUGGAAAUGGGGUUUGUAUAUUUUUCUAAUACAAUCACCAAGAAUUUUCUAUAUAUCCCUAUAUGUCAAAAAAGGAGUCAACAGAAGCAAUAAACAAAAACUUGGUCAGAAUUGGCUGGCUUUUUUCUUGUCCCUUCCUAGUCUGCCUCCCCUCUUAUCCCUUCUUUUCUCCUCACCUAUCACCUCCUCCUCCCCCUUCACCCAUGGUCUACUCUCCUUUCGAAAUGAUUCCUCCUUCUUCAGCCAUUUAUUUUUUCCACCUAUCCCCUCCCUCCCCCCACCCACCUACCUGUAUCUCGCCCAUCAUUUUCCCACUUGGACUUCUUCCCCACCGAAUGGCCUGAAAAUGUUAACUGAUAUUAAUUUCCAUAGAGGUUGCCUGACCAGUUGAGUAUCUCCAGCAUUUUGUGCAUGUUACUCUGGAUUUUCAGUAUCUAGAUUCUCGUGUUUGUUAUUCCAUGUGGACUUGAGUGACUGGAGCUUUGAGUGAUACCAGGUCAACUUCAAUAGUACAGUGCCUCACAGCUCCAUUGACCUGACUUCAAUCCAGACCAGAGGGGAUGACUUCACUCACCCAACACUGAUCUAUUUGCACAACUAUGGACUCACUUUCAGAGGCUCUUCAUCUCAUGUUCUCUAUUUAUUUAUUAUUUUAUUUUUGUAUUUGCAGUUUAUCUUUUGCAGAUCGGUUAUUUGCUCAUACUGUGUGCACUCUUUCACUUACUGUAUUUCUUUAUUGAGAUACAGUGCAGAAUAGGCACUAUCUGCCCUUCGAGCUAUGCUGCCCAGCAACCCCCUAUUUAACCCUAGCCCAACAAUUUACAAUGACCAAAUAACCUACCAACUAGUAUGCCUUUGGACUGUGAUAGGAAACUGGAACACCCAGAGGAAACCCAUGCAGGCAUGCUCCUUACAAGCAGUGGUAGGAAUUCAACCCGGCUCGCCGGUACUAUUGUAAAGCACCUGUAAUAGGCUGCCCUAUUAUGUUUUGAUGUACUGACUGUGAUUGACAAUGAAUCUCUGGGUAGUAUAUGGUGAUAUAUGUACCUGGAUAAUAAAUUUACUUUGGCCCUGAUUACUGUCUGCAUAGAGUUUGCAUAUUUUCCAGUGACUGGAUUCCUUCUGUGUACUAUGAUUUCCUCCCACACCUCAAUUACUUGCAGGUUGAAAUAGACGUCUCUAAAUUUACUCAAGCAUGUAGGUGAUUAUUAAAGUUUGGUAGUUGAUCAGAUUGAGGAGAAAGAAAUUUGAUUAGUACAGGAUUAAUGUAAAUGGCCGCUUGAUGGUUGGCACUAACAGUAGGCCAAACAACCGGUUUCUAUGUUAUAUGGUAAUACUUAGCUUAGAAUCAUAUCUUCUAUUCCCUUUUAUGCAACAUCUAAAAUCUAGGCAUCUAACUUAAAAGACCCAUUUCAUAGCUCAAUUAUGGCUCUGCCUUUUUAAGAUUGGUUUUAACCUGUAAUUCUAUCUAUCUUUUGGCCAGCCUUGAAUAAUUUGUGAGAUUCUUGUCUCUCUCUUUACACAAAACUUCCCUUGCACAUCAACUAUGUAAUACAAUCAAACACAAUGUACUUAGCUUCAACUUCCUAUAUUUUAAACAAUGUCUUUGUCAUCUAAAAAGCAUGAUUCCUUGUUGGGAAAACUGCUUUCUUUAUAUAUCCGAAUUUUAGGCUUACCUUGUGCUACUGCACACUACUUAAACGUUCUAUGCACAUACAAAUAAUUCCAGUGCGUAUGGUAGUUUCAUGACCGUUUAGUGUUGAACUGGCAAGACGAACUUUUCCCAAUUCUGACCAAACGUUACAACCCUGACAGGUUAACACUUAUUUGUCUCUCUACACAAAAUACUGUCUGAUCUGCGGAGAACUUCUAGUAUUUGCUUUAUUUUUACCUACAGUAUUCUGUACUGUUGAGUUGAGCUUAAAACUAUUCUGAACGGUUGUGUUUAUCCUAACCUUUGGAAGGCCGAGUCUACUCGGACUGACAUCUGUAGAAACGACCCGCUGUGCUGAACAUUUGGUCUAAGGCUGUGAUUGACAGGAAAAUUACGCAUUGUCUCCGAAAUCCCAUUAUGACGCAUGAUCCACCGUCAAUAAACCAGCUGCGGCUCUGAUGAAUGUCUGUUCUGAAUCGCGGGCGCCACAUAGGAACCCGCCCCGUCUCUGCGCUGAUUGGCUGGUCUUCGAGACCCAGACUCUGUUUGUAAAUAGUUGCCGGGUACCAAAGCCCCGCCUCCUUUCAGGGAGAUGGGAGUGAGGGAGAGGCGGUAGGGAGUGGAUUGGUCAUGUGCCCUGCCAAUCAUAAGAAUUCCGUGAAUUUUUUUGUAAACCUCCCCCCCCCCCUCCACUAUUAUCCGUGACGCGCGAUGGUCCGGCCCGGGACCGAGCAAAUUAAUUAAGUCAUGCGGUCAGUGUAGAACCAAAGGAAGAUUUGGCUGUGGGUACUGCUUUCCUGCACACUCUCCAAAAAGAUAUACCAUCAGCCAAGCGAUGUCAUUGCUGCUCAGCUCGGCGCUGAGGAGCGGCCGGCCUGCAGCUGCGAGGAGUUGGCUCCUGUUGCCGUCUCGCCAUUAGGAAUGGAGAGCGGGAUUCCGCCGACCUUCCAGCUGCUGUUCCGCGCGUGCGAAGAAGGAAACUUUGAGAACGCCCGGCGGUUGCUCGAGCCAGCCGAGGAGGAGAGAGCGGAGGCGGGCGAGGAGCCGGAUCUCAGGGCUCCGCAGGUGCCGGUGGACUGCACAGAUGACGACGGCAACUCGGCCCUACAGUUCGCGGCCGGCAACGGCCACGAGCAUCUGGUGCGGUUCCUGCUCAUGAAGGGGGCCUCGGUGGACAGCCGCAACCGCUACGGCUGGACGCCUCUCAUGCAGGCGGCCCGCUUCGGCCACCUGAACGUGGCCAAUGUGCUGCUGGAGAACGGCGCGGACGCCAAUGCGGCCAAUAAGCUGGGCGCCAGCGUGCUAACGGCCGCGGCGCGGGGAGGCCACGUCGGACUGGCGCGCGCCCUGCUCGAAAGCGGCGCCCGCGUGGACGUCGGCGGUGACGUCAGCGUCGGGCCUCCGAGCUGGGUGGAGGAACGGACGGUCGGCCGGACGACGGGGGACCUGACUGCCCUGAUGGUGGCGGCGCAGCACGGCCACGACGCCGCGGUCCGCGUCCUGCUGGAGUGGGGCUCCGGAGCGGGGCAAACGGGCCACACCAGCGGCUGGAGUGCUCUCAUGCUGGCGGCGCUCAAUGGUCAGCUGGGCGUGGCCCAGCAGCUGAUCGAGAGGGGGGCGGACCCCAAUCAAACCAACGCGGGAGGCGUAACUGCGUUUGAAAUCGCCUGCGCUGCUAAACAGAAGGAGAUGAGGAAUUACCUCGAUUCAAAGACCAGUAACAGACCCAAGUCAGAUGAACAGAAAAGGAGACCUGAUAUAUUCCAUGCACUGAAAAUGGGGAGCUAUCAGUUGGUGAAGGAGAUUCUUGAUGAAGAUGCAUGUCAAGCCAAUGUUGUUAAUGCAGAUGGUGCCUCUCCAUUAAUGAUUGCUGCCAUGACAGGUCAGCUGGAACUUGUACAACUUCUUAGUGAAAGGAACUCUGAUAUUGACAAGCAAGAUGGUGUACAUGGCUGGACAGCCUUAAUGCAAGCUACUUAUCAUGGGAGCAAGGAUGUUGUGAAGUAUUUAUUGAAUCAAGGAGCAGAUGUCAAUCUCUGUGCCAAGAAUGGUGUAACUGCCUUCGAUCUUGUAAUGCUGCUAAAUGAUCCAGAUACAGAACUUGUGCGGCUUCUGGCAUCUGUCUGCAUGCAAGUAGAUAAAGAGAGAAAUAAGCCAAAAUCUAAGACGGUACCACGCUCAAAAAGUAAACUGUCCUUAAACUUUCCUGUACCUCCAGAAGACAAGGGGGGAUUAAAGUCUUGGUGGAAUAGAAUGUCCAACAGAUUCCGUAAAUUGAAACUGACUAGGACACUUAGACAAGGCUUUUCCUCAAAUCGGCUUGCCCCUUUCUUAGAUGAACCUGAAAUUGGACUGGAUUCUACAAUGAAAGCCAACCCAAAGGAUGAUUCAAACAAUUCAGCCUUGACAUCUGUGGGUAAUAUAGAUUUCUCUAUGGCUUGGACAUCAAAAAGCAACAACAGUGGACAUGACCAUAUUUGUACAGAGAAAGAUGACAUGCUUCUUACAACUAUGUUAAGAAAUGGUGCACCUUUUACUCGUCUUCCCAGCGACAAGCUAAAAGCAGUUAUUCCUCCAUUUUUGCCGCCAUCGAACUUUGAAGUAUGGAGCUCGGAUAGGAUACGAAUGAACAAAGAUGGCAAAAUGGAACAUACAACGUUAUCUAUGCCUCACAGGUUUGCAAAGCCCAACUUCAACAGCAGUGGAAAUUCUGACAUAACUUCUGUCAGCAGGAUGGGAAAAUCUGUUAAACUUCCUCCUAUUCCAAAUCUUCCCAGGAGCCCGACAUCUCAGAACUCGGGACAUUUCAAUUAUUCUCCACAUUCUUCUGGUGGAUCCAAUGGAGUAGCUGGCAUCAGUCGACAUUGUAUCAGUGAAUCUCAUAACCGCUCAGGGGGUAGUUCAGAUAGUGUCUUGUCACAAAUUGCUGCCCAGAGACGGAAAGCAGCAGGUUUGCCAGAAUUGAAAAUGACCAGGCCUGAGACUUUGCCUCAACUAAGCCUUGUUGAAACCAGCCAUCCUGAGCUGCCAGUCUCGCCAACUGUGAACAAUUGCAUUGUACAGAAAUGUAGCCAACAACGUCCAUCUUCUGGUACUUCAUCUAAUUCCAAGAGCACCUCUCCUACUCUAACUCCUUCACCAUCUCCCACACCUAAAAGUCCGCAAGGAGAAUCUUCAUUGUCCUCAUCUUCACAUCAGCAAACUAAGAGCAGUGGCGGAUCCAGUAGUGGAACCCUCACAGAUGAAGAUGAAUUAACCAGUAUUUUAAAAAAGCUGUCACUUGAAAAAUAUCAACCCAUAUUUGAGGAACAAGAGGUGGAUAUGGAAGCAUUCCUUACGCUGACUGAUGGUGAUUUGAAAGAGCUGGGUGUGAAGACAGAUGGUUCAAGGCAACAGAUCUUAGCAGCAAUCUCAGAGUUAAAUGCUGGAAAGGGACGUGAAAGACAGAUUCUGCAGGAGACAAUCCACAACUUUCAUUCUUCUUUUGGGAGCAGUGCAAGCAAUUCUCGUCAACUUCAUUUUCAACAAUCUCCCAUUGCUUGGAUUAGUAGACCAAUGGCAUCAGCAGAUAAAAGAUUAACUUGAAUUGCCACACGAUUAAGGGUUGAAUUUGAACAAAUCUUGCAAAAGCUGACUAAAACUUGGUGCUUCCUGCACACAUCGUCUGUGGUAUCUGAAGUUGUACAUGACUUUCAGGUCUCAAACAGUUGUCAGUACAACAAGGAAUCACUGAAUGAUGAAUUCUUGCCAUACCCUCUGAAAAGAUGGAGAUAAGUCAUCUGUGCAAUCCUGCCUCAUUUUAGUGUUGCAUUUUAAUGCAUCUAAUUAUGGAAGUUGUCUUUCAAAAUUUGCAUACUAUAAUUUUGCAUUGCAGUAGUGAUUUGCAGUGACUGUAUCAAGUUGCAUAACAAUGUAUUACAUGAAUUACUGCAAAUAACUUGAGUGAUCAUGUCUUAGAUGAAGUUUAUUUAUGCUUGUGAUUUUUCUGAAAUCGCUUCAAGGUGUUUAUUAACACAAUAGAAAAAUGUACGUUAUCACGAUGUUCACAAAAUUUUGAACACAACUUGGUGACCAGGGAUACUCUAAGAGACUUUCUUCAGCUUUGGUCUGCAUGUCAGCAUUCUUUUACAGUUAGGGUAAUUGAAGUAUUUCUAUUUGAGCUGGAAUUAUUGGUAUUAAUGUAUCUUUUAACCAAAUAGAAACUGAUAAUCUGCUGUGAUUAAACAUGGAACAGUAUAGGCCUUCAGCCUACGAUAUUGUGCCAACCUUUUAACCUAUAGCAUAAAACAAGCUGAAUUAGGUCACUUGGCCCAUUCCAUCUGCUCCACCCCUCCAUCAUGGCUGAUUCGUUAUCUUUCUUAACCCUAUUCUUUUGCCUUCUCCCUGUAACCUUUGGCACCCUGGCUAUUCAAGAACCUAUCAGACUCCACUUUAAAAAUACCAAUAAUUUGGCCUCCAUGGCAAUGAAUGCAACAGAUUCACCACCCUAUGGCUAAAGAAAUUCCUCAUCUGUUGUAAAUGGUCUUACUAUUGAGGCUGUGCCCUCUGGUCCUGGACACACCCACUAAGGGAAACAUCCUCCAUAUCCACUCUAUCUGGGCCUUUCAGGUUUCCAUUAGGUUCCUCAGAUUCUUUUAAACUCCAGUGAAUAUAGGUUCAAAGCCAUCAAAUGCUCUGCCCCUUCAUUCCUGGAAUCAUUAUCUGGACCCUUUCCAAAGCUAGCACAUCCUUUCUUAAAUGAGGGCCCAAAACUGCUCACAGCAUCACAUCUGUGCUCUUAUAUUCACGUCCCUUCAAAAUGAAUAGCAAUUAUCAUUUACUUACUAGCGACUUGAGCUGCAAGUUACUGUUUAGGAAAUCCUGCACCACUGACACAUUUACUGGUCUUUAAUAGUGGUGAUUAUCCCUCACCUUCAACAAAGGAAUAACAUUUGCCACCCUCCGAUCUUCUGAUAUUAAUCAGAAAUCGUGACUAUUUGGCUGGUGAACCAUAUCUUGUGGUUUCACAAUUGCUCAAGUCUUGUUUUUAGUGUUUCCUGAAAUAUCAGUCUGAAACAGCAAAUGUUUAUUUAUUUGCAUAGAUACUGCCUGACCUGUGCAUUCCUCCAGAAUUGUGUUGUUCUUGUAUUGAUUUUAAAUUGACAAAGUUCAGUGUAACUUAGGAAGUCUACUAAUGUUUUAAACAUCAUCUUGGAUACAGUUGAGUAUGAUGAACUUAGUAGGAGUAGUCUUUGAAAUAGGGUUUGAGAGGGGAAAAACAAGCAGUUUUCCUAGAGCUGCUGUCUACACUUUGUCUCUGGUAGCAAAUAUGCAGCCAUGUUCAUGAGUUUCUCCUUUGGAAGUAGAGAAUGAACACUAAGGUAGCUGGUUUGAUCUGCUAAUGAAAUGCUCAUUUAGUUGAUUAUAUAAGCUCAUCCAUGACCAGCCAACUGCACAAAUCAAUGUCAAAAAUCACUUUCAUUUGUAAAAUUCAAAUAAACUUAUGAAAAUUAG